UUUAGUGUUCCUUAUUAACUAAUUUGUUUUAAUUAUUAAGACAUAAAAUUAAUCAAAUGAAUAUGGAUAUGGAUACGGAGAUGAUUAAAGAAGAGAAAGAGAAGGAAGAUAAUAAUGGAGUGGGGGCGACCAUAUGGGACUGCGGUAGUCCUCUUUACGAUUCUUAUGAAUUGGCUUCUAUGGGUCAUCUUCUUCAGAAGCAUACCAUGUUGCCAUUUUUCUCAUCUUCAACUUCUAAUGGCCGCCGUCUGAUCAACAUGGCAGAUCAUCAAGAGAGAUUCAAAUUUGGAUCAGGAAGAAAGAUCAGUAAUUAUUACAACAAUAAGAAGAAAGUUGAGAAACCAAAAAUAUGUAAAGGCAAGAGGAAGCUGGACCAUCCUUGAGUUGGAGAGCUUAGGUGAUGACGUGUACAUAUGCAGCUGCUCGUCCACCACGGCCGAGGUUUAAAGUGGAACUAGGGUUGAACCCUGUUUUGCCGCUUAGAACGGCCUGUUGUAAAUAUUUUCUGUAAUAAACUUUGAAACUUUAUUUUCGGG